CUGGAUCGCACUUAGAGAAACGGAUAAAUAGUACCGGUUGAUAUCAGUAUACCGGUAGUGUAACCCUGUAACCCAUACAAAUAUCAAGUCAAAGAGAUCGCAUUUGCUACGAUGGCCAAGUCCAAGUCCUCCGGCACAACUGAUGCUGAUGCGGUGGUCUUCUCGACGUACCAGGGCGAGAAGCAGCUCGCUGAACUAGUGAAGCUCAUCGACAAGGACCUGUCGGAGCCGUACUCGAUCUUUACGUACCGGUAUUUCCUAUACAAUUGGCCGCAGCUGAGCAUUCUGGCGCGAGUGCAGCACAAGCUCGUAGGUGUCAUUAUCUGCCGUCAGGAGCCGCUCGGCGCCACGCCGGAGGAGACGGGAGACGACGGACUGCACGGCCAGGGAGACCCCAAGCGCCGCUGGAGGGGAUACAUCGCCAUGCUGGCCGUGGAGAAGCAGUUUCGCCACCGCGGCAUUGGCUCGCAGCUGGCUCAGAAGGCCAUCGAGCGCAUGCGCGACGACGGCUGCGAGGAGGUGAUGCUGGAGACGGAGAUCGCCAACAAGGGCGCCAUCCGCCUGUACGAGAACCUGGGCUUUGUGCGCGAUGAGCGAUUGGUCAAGUACUAUUUAAACGGGGGUGACGCCUACCGUCUCAAACUUUGGCUGCAGUAGGUAGAUUGAGACGCUGCACUACAUGUAGUGAAGGCAGCUCCUUUUAGAGUAAUUGAUGAGAAUUGCUGCUAUUGAUUUUGAGGAUAGCCCCUAGACGGAGGUUUUCAUUUGAUCUCUUGCUUGUCUUGGAGGGAGGGAGAUCAUUGUCUUAUCUAACAAUGCAUGAAUAUUCUGAUUAAUCUGUUAUUUCAAACAUGUACAAAAG